AUGACAACCAAACAUGGUAGAUGGCAUGCUACUCAAUUGUUGGUUCAUGGCGAAACUCCUCCUGUCGACCGCAUUUUCACUGUCGAAAUCGCGAAGCCCAAAACUGUUGCCAUGCGAAAGAAAGCAAUCAAAGAGGUAAUUUCCACAGCAUCGAUGCCGACCAGCUCACUCUCUGGAAACUCUCGCUUUCCCUUGGCAGCAGUGUCGACAAGGUGCUCAAACAGCUUGUGCUUGAAGAUAAUGUCACAAAAAGCAUUCAAAAAUUGCUCCCAGCAAAGAAGUUAUCAAGGCUAUUUCAGUAAUGGACCUGCCAAAGAACACCUUCAUGUAAUUGUUGAGCCUCCAUCCAUACCUGUUGGGUUUUUGGCUCACUUCUUAAAGUGGGGUAAUAUUGCGGUAUUUCUGCUAAACUUUUUUGCUAUUAUUCCACUUGCAAAAUUACUUGAAUGUGUCACAGAAGACAUCUCUCGUCGUGCUGGACAGGCUGUGGGUGCUUUCCUGGAUGCAACAUUUGGCAACUUAGUUGAACUUGUUCUUCUGUGUAUUGCUCUUAAACAAGGAGAAAUCCGAGUCGUUCAAGCAUCCGUGAUGGGCAAUAUUAUAUCGAAUCUGCUUCUUGUCUUGGGGAGUAGUUUUCUUGCUGGUGGUUUAAAGUAUCACAUACAGGAAUUCAAUAAGGAAGCGGCACAAACAAAUGUUGGCUUGAUAACAUUGGCGUGUAGUUCAUUGAUUGUUCCUGCAGCGUUCAUUGUUUCCAUUCCAGCGAUACAAGAUUACGAAAUAAUAAACCUGAGUCAUUCUACGGCAAUAGUCCUGUUGAUUGUCUAUGGACUGUAUUUGCUAUGCCAGUUUAAAACUCACGCUGAAUUGUAUGCCACCGAGGAAGAUCAAGAACCUGAACUCACCCUUACUAUUUCCUUCACCGUCCUGGUCGUGGUCACCGCCACAGUCGGCAUAUGUGGUGAAUUUCUUGUAUCCUCAUUAAAAGAUCCCAUGAAGUCUCUAGGGAUCACCAGAACAUUCCUUGGUCUGACACUAUUCCCUUUAAUUAGUAAGGGUGCAGAAUGCGUGACAGCUACUACUGUUGCUAUGAAAAAUGAACUGCAGUCGGUUAUCAAUACUACUGUAGCACGCUCACAGCAAAUUGCUUUGUUUGUUACUCCAUUCUUGGUUGUGCUUGGUUGGAGUAUCGAUCAGCCGAUGACUUUAUUUUUCGAAGUGUUCGAAACAUCGACGUUGUUUGUUUCGGUGUUGAUUCUGAAUUCCUUAAUUCAGGUGGGGUUUUUGGCCCACUUCUUGAAGUGGGGUAAUAUUGCGGUAUUUCUGUUAAACUUUUUUGCUAUUAUUCUACUUGCAAAAUUACUUGAAUGUGUCACAGAAGACAUCUCUCGUCGUGCUGGACAGGCUGUGGGUGUUUUCCUGAAUGCAACAUUUGGCAACUUAGUUGAACUUAUUCUUGCAUGUAUUGCUCUUAAACAAGGAGAAGUCCGAGUCGUCCAAGCAUCCGUGAUGGGCAAUAUUAUAUCUUGUAGUUUUCUUGCUGGUGGUUUAAAGUAUCACAUACAGGAAUUCAAUGAGGAAGCAGCACAGACAAAUGCUAGCUUGAUGACAUUGGCAUGUAGUUCACUGAUUGUUCCUACCGUGUCCAGUGUUGAUUACGGAAUAGGAAUACACAUAGUGUACCUGAAUCACUAUAUGGAGAUAGUCCUGUUGAUUGUCUAUGGACUGUAUUUGCUAUUCCAGUUUAAAACUCACGCUGAAUUGUACGUCACCGAGGAAGAUCAAGAACCUGAACCCACCCUUACUAUUUCCUUCACCGUCCUGGUCGUGGUCACCGCCAUAGUCGGCAUAUGUGGUGAAUUUCUUGUAUCCUCAGUAAAAGAUCCCAUGGAGUUUCUAGGGAUCACCAGAACAUUCCUUGGUCUGAUACUAUUCCCUUUAGUUAGUAAGGGUGCAGAAUGCGUGACAACUACUACUGUUGCUAUGAAACAUGAACUGCAGUCGGUUAUUAAUACUACUGUAGCACGUUCACUGCAAAUUGCUUUGUUUGUUAUUCCAUUCUUGGUUGUGCUUGGUUGGGGUAUCAUGAAUCAGUCGAUGAUAAUGAAUUUAUUUUUCGAAGUGUUCAAAACAUUGACAUUGUUUGUUUUGGUGUUGAUUCUGAAUUCCUUAAUUCAGAAUGGUAAAUCUAAUUGGUCGAACGGUGUCGCGACAUACGCUAUCAUCAUUAUAGCAAUUUUUUUCUAUCCCGAUCCUGAGGAGGCGAUACUUUUUACUUAA